AUGAACAGCUGGUGGGGCCAACUGGCGAACUCCGGCAUGCCAUCAGAUAUGCAGUUCACACAGGCAGUUCGCAGUCGAACAAGCCAAAUGGCCUGGUGGAACAACAACCAACUCGGCUGUGCCAUACGUCAGUGCGACAAUUUCAAGCUCGUUGUGUGCAUGUACAGUCCCGGAGGCAAUGACGUCGGCAAACCCGUCUACAACAUCGGCACUCCGUGCUCGGCAUGCGCUGGGGAAUGCUUCGAAGAUCUUUGCACUUAA